ACAUUAAUUGUCAAAAUUACUUUGAGGUUAUUUGCCUCGUAUUGUGGUUUGUGACACAUGUGUAGCGUUUUCAUAAAUAAACCAUGGAAAUCGUAAACGAAAUUUUAGACAGAGAACAGAAAAAAGCUGAAAAAUAUAAACCAAUAAUUGUUGAUAAACAUUUAGAAGUAGAAUUUGAUAUUGGCACUUUAUUAGCCUAUGAUUCUAAUGACUUAGAUACGAAAUUAUUGAAUUCCAACACUGAUGAAUACUUACAAUCACUUGCACGAGACAACACACAGUUACUUCUGAACAAAGUAUGGGAACUGCCUACUGAGAGGAUCGAAGAGGCGAUAGUAGUGCGCCUUCCACCACCCACUACGGUACUUCCGCGAGCCAAGCCCGUGCCCAAACCGCGACCUCUCACUAAAUGGGAAGAGUUUGCCAAAGCAAAGGGCAUUAAUAAGAAAAAGAAAGAUAAACUCCAGUGGGAUGAACAGUUGCAAAAAUGGGUUCCUCUGUUUGGAUUUAAGAAAGCAGCUGCAGAAAAAGAAAAGAAUUGGCUCAUAGAAGUGCCUCAAAAUGUAGACCCUAUGACAGAUAUGUAUGAGAAGAAAGCAAGUGAGAAAUCAGAGAAGGUGGCGAAGAAUGAGCUACAGAGGCUGAAGAACAUAGCCAGGGCUAGAAAGGUCAAAAUCCCCAGAGUCGGUCUUCCUGUCACUUCUGAUAAAGCCUCUGCAAAUCAGCUUGCAACUGCAGCUACAGUAGCUAAAGCAUCUACAGCAUCACUUGGCAAAUUUCAAGAUAAAUUACCUAAAGAGAAAGAAGCUCGAGGCAAAGGUGUCCAUGAACUUAUACCAGGCAAAGAGCGUAAACGUAAAGCUCCAAUACCUACCCCACAAGCAGAAAAAGAACACAAUCUCAAUGUGUUGGACAAUAUUCUCAACAAAAGACCCAAAAUUGAUAUGGACAAAGCUGUUGCUAGACACAUAAAUACUGAGCAAAUUCAGCGAUCAGAAGAAAAGAAAGCCAUGAAACCUAAAAUGCGAAAAGGCAAGGGGAAAGGUAACACAACUAACUUCUCAGCGAAAAAACCUAAAGCAGGCAAAGGUCAAAGGGCACCAAGCAAGAAGUCCACUGGACGGAAGAGGAGAUGAAGUACUGUAAGACAUAAAAAAUAAAAGGUUACUUCAAUAUUGUUUUUAUAUUUAUACCCCUUUAUUUUAUUAUUAGUUUAAUAGGAUAGUAACAGGUCACAGAAAAAUAGCACACAACAUUUGUUUUGGUUACCAAUUAGUGAUUGUGAUUUAAGUUGAAAUGUAACUAUAGUAAUCAGUAAAAUGGUAAUCUAAAUAAUAAACCAUAUUUUUUCCAAUA